AUGACCGUCCUUUGGUUGCUCUCCUCGAUCAUCCUUCCAUGGGUGAAGAUGCCGGGCCCCUACUACACGCCUUCAAAGUUUGACCACUACUUUGUGAUGAUUGGAACGUGGCUUUUUAACCUUUUGCGGGUGGCACAGCUGAAUGAAGAACUCUUGGAGGAUCGGGAACUGGCGCGGCAGGCCACCAACUUGAAUUUUGUCUCGCUGGUUGAUGCCACCUGCACAAACUCGGUUGAUGAAGCGCGAAUCCGACAAUCCAUUUCUGGAUUUGAGAGAGAUGUUGAGCUUGCAAUUCAUAUUUUGAUGAAGGCGGGUGCUUAUGACCACAGCCUCCGCAAGGCGUUUGAAUCCGGUGCAAAUAUACGUGGUUUGGGUACCACUGACCUCGUGGUGAAGACUGGAGUUGCCACCUUGCUGUGGCUCCUGUGUGGGGCCCAUUGCAUCGCGGUGUUCAUUUUGCAUGACGACCGGGGAUGCUUCGAAGACAUGCCUCGUGCCACCUUGGAAGGGCACAUUUCCGUCAUCAUUUGCUUCGUUGUUGCGGGGCUUGUCCCGAUCAUGUCAUUCGUGGCUGAAAGAAGUGGUCCGGAACGUGGUGUAUUUGCUGCUAAUGUUUGGAUAAUGGCGGCCACGUUUGCUUUGGGAAUCCCAGCGCUCUGUGAGAUUGGAGAUUGGCUUGCCCGAGAUCAUUUCAUUUGGCUCUUCGAAACGAAUGAUCAACACAAGUACUGUCCUGGAGCAUUCGCCCCUUGGCCAAGCAGUUCUCGUAUGUUCUCGUCCGGGUCAGCACACUGGACUUUAGCUCAGAUGUAA